AGGUAGUUCUUGACAUCGCUGUCUGCUGCUGUUUCCACAGAGACCUUCCUGGCUGACUGACUGACAAGAUGAAGACUCUCUUCAUUUUCGUGGCCCUGCUCUACUUCUGUGCUGGCAGCUUUGGAUGUGACCCAGGACUUUUGUUGGAUUGGGAUUUUCCAGGUUCAGACAUCAAAACCCUUUUCUCUCCGGAUGCUGAACACUGUCAGCACCUCUGCACCCAGGAGGCGUCUUGCCUCUUUUGGGCGUUUAUUGGUCCUUACUGCAUGGUUGAUAACAGACACUACCACUGCUUCCUUAAGGCCACGCCCUCAGGAAAACCGGAAAAACAGAAUCCCAAGCAGGGCACCACUGCUGGUUAUUCUCUAAAGUCCUGCAAUCCACUACCGACUCCAUCACUAUCCAAAGUUUAUGAGGAUGUGGACUUCCCCGGAGCAGAUUACAGAGCCUUAUUCACAGCAGACUACCAGGCGUGUCAGAAAGCCUGCACUGAGGAUCCYUUCUGUCAGUUCUUCACUUUCAUCAAUGGGAAGUUUAGCGACACAACUAUCCGGUACAAGUGCCACCUUAAAUACAGCUGGUCAGUAGCAAGAACACCAGCUGUCACAGCUGUUGCUGACAGAAUAUCUGGAUUUUCUCGUGAAUUACAAAUAAUUCCAUCCUAUCAAACAGAGUGCCAGCAGACACUUUUCCCAAACAUUAACUUUCCUGGUUCCGACAUCGAGGUUCACCAAGCUGGUUCUCCUGAACUCUGUCAGGUGUUGUGCUCCGCUCACCCAAAAUGCACUUACUUCUCUUUUGUCAGCAACGAAUUUAAAUGUUAUCUGAAGAACAAUCCAAAUACAAUGGCCCCCAAAGAUGGGAUUGGUAUCACAUCUGGGCUGCCAUCCCGAUCCUGUCCGCUGCGUAACGAGACGAAUCCAUUCUCACCAGGUCAUGUUAAAAUGUAUGAAGGAGUGGAUUUCCCAAACUCUGACAUUCGCUAUUUUUCACUGAAUGUCGCUGAGUCGUGUGAGAACGCCUGCACCUCGGACCCCAACUGCCAGUUCUACAGCUUCAUUACCACAAGCCGUCUCUGCUAUCUGAAGCGUGUCAUCACCAUGCCUGCUCCUCCCAAAGUGAUGAACCUAGCUAACGUGGUGUCCGGCUUCAGUCUGAGGAACUAUUUCCUUUGAAUCCUGCAGCUGCAUUAAGCUCUAAACUCACUGAUUUUCUUACACAACUUUUAUUACUAGAUUUCCAAUUUUCAACUGUCAAAUGCUUAGAAUUUUAAGUGCUUGGGAAAUAGUUAUUCUUAUUAUCUAUGGAUUUCCAUAAAUCAUACAGUGCUGGCUUUCAAUUUUCAUAUUAUGGUGUGCGGCCAUUUCACUGCAUUUGUGGAAUCAGGACUAAGUGCUCAGCUAUAUUUUAAAAUCUAUAUCACUGGAACUUGUCAAAAUAGGGAAUAGAGUCUCCUUACCCAGUUUAAGAAGGCUAAUGUCUGCUUCAGUCUGAUUUUAAAGUUGCGUAAACUAGUAAAACACUUUUUUUUUUAGUAAUUGGGCUUUCAAUCAAUUUAUCAAAAAAAUAAUCUGAUGCGGGCUAAAAUGUUAUCUAAAAUCCUGACAUCCAAGGUUACGCAUCACAUUUUUUCAGAAAUCUAUGAUCAAACAGUUACAUUUAUUAAAUGUUAUUUACAUGUUUCACAGUAUGACUGUUGUGAUAUCUUCUGAUAUAAAUGAAUGAAUCAAGAGCA